AUGGAGUUAGCUUUGAGCUUGGGCGAUACACCAAAAGCCUUUUCGUUUAUGGAGAAAUCGCAGCAAAUCCUGGGCAAGGAUUUAGGGUUCUGCAUGGCUACAGAUCAUGAAGAUGCAGCAGGUAAAGCGAAAACUACCGGCCGGGAUAAGGACCCGGGUUUUUCCGACGGCUCCUCGUCAGAUCCGGCGCCGGUCCAGCUCGAUCUCCUCCCUUUCUCACCGGUCCACAAAACUCAGCCGCCAUCAAACAACUUCCCUUUCAACUGGCUCCAUACCAAAUCAUGUAAACAAACGAACAACAAAGGCGUUGAUCCGAUUUCGUCUUUUCGGAUGGAUUUUUCGAUUUUCGGGUCGGAUUCAAAUCGGGGGAAAAGGGAUUUGGAGCAAAUGAAUAGUAGUGCCGGCGAACAGGCCGAGCCGGAGGCGGAUCGAGGGACUCCGUCCAGAGGGAGUGAUGAGGAAGAAAAUGGAUUAUUGAUGGGCAGAAAAAAGCUGAGGCUUAGCAAGGAGCAAUCGGCUUUUCUUGAGGAGAGCUUCAAAGAACAUAACACUCUCAACCCUAAACAGAAGCUUGCUCUUGCGAAGCAGCUGAAUCUUCGUCCUCGCCAGGUUGAAGUAUGGUUCCAAAACAGAAGAGCAAGGACAAAACUGAAGCAGACAGAGGUCGAUUGUGAGUACUUGAAAAAGUGCUGUGAAACGCUCACAGAAGAAAAUCGGAGGCUGCAAAAGGAGCUUCAGGAAUUAAGAGCACUUAAGGCUACUCAGCCUUUUUACAUGCAACUUCCGGCCACAACUCUCACCAUGUGUCCUUCUUGUGAGAGGGUGGCCACCGCCACCACCGCCACCACCGCCGGCCAUAACAACUUGUUGUCGGCGAAUGAUAAAGCCCAACAAGCUGCUUCUUGA